AUGGCUGAGGUGCCAGUGCCUCCUUUGACCUUCGGCUCAAUAGAACUGCAGAGGAACGACCAAGUCGCGAGGCUUAGGCAGUCAUAUGAGGAUGACAAGAAGGAAAAGAGAAAGCGACAAGGCGAGGUGAGAUUGAAAAAGGCCAAGGCCUCCUUAGAUUUAGAGGCCAACGAGACUCCCGUGUUGACGGAGCUGCACGCGCUACAAGAUUUCGAAAAGGGAGACACCUUCUCUUCGAGAGUAAGCGCUGCUAUUGCCGCUAAGGGCAUGUUCGAGAAGCUUCAUGUGAUCGCAUGUCGCGAAAAAUUUGAUUUGCAGAACAUUGUUUUUCAAUGCGCAUGUGGAGACAAAGCCUGCGCGAAAGUGAGAAUACUUCGGCAGUGGACGAACUACAAUUCAGAAGAUUUCGCAGGGUUAAUUGCUAGUAAUGCGAAUAAGCACGACGGCAUCAAGCCGAAGGGCGCCAUACCACUCAUGCAACGCUAUAUCUAUAAGACUCUUAAUCCUAAAUCUUCGUUUGGACAGAGGGCAUGUGAAUUUGCACGAAACAUCAUAAAGCCUGGGGGUGAGAUGACCGAUCAAGUGGCAAACCUUCCUAUUGGCUGUGCAGCAUUUAGGAAAAAAGGGUGGACAGUAGAAUUUGAAACUGUUACUUCCAAAGAGAUGCAGAAGAAACUUUGUGAGGCAAUGAAAAAAGAGCAUGACACUAGUGAGCGGGCGAAAAAAAAAGAUGAUGCGAAACACAAGGUGACGUUGUUUAAAAAGUCGACGGUGCCAAAGUUAGAAAAGGAUGUUAAAUAUGUUGUCCAUAUCUCUAUAGCGCCACCUGGCUUGGUUACUUUGCACAACGCUUCUAUCCUCUCUAUAACUAGCUCAGAUUUUGCACAUGCAAAGGGAGCCAGUAUGAGCCAAUACGGGCUCAGAGUUUCAAUAGAAACGUCUCUGGGGAUGGUUAAUGACCUAAUGGCAACAUUGUCAUGGGGUAAUGAGAACGAGGAUGCGUGGAAGAUGAUGAAUGAAGCAACCAAAUCAGCUAUACCAGGUUUCGAUUGCGAAUCCCAGGUGGACAUCUUUGACGGUAGUAAAGGGGCCCUUAAUGCCCAUCAUGCUUGUUUUGAUGAAGUAAAGCUGUUUGCAGAUUCUUAUCAUGGACAACCUGGAUCAGUACAUUUCCGCUCUCAAGGCCCCUACGGGUGUCCAACUAGCCAAAAAAUUGUUAGCCAUGGAUAG